AUGUUCAAAUGCAUGCCGCCCAUAUUCCGCGGCUCCAACCGACGUGUGGAGCGCGUAGAUCGGAGUCACAGUAAUCUCGUGGCGGUACCUGAGGAAAUCGGUCGCUACAGAAGUCUUGAGCAGCUAGCUCUCAACUCGAAUCACAUCAAGGAGUUGCCUAAGCACCUAUUCCGUCUACAAAAGCUACGUGUUUUCACGGCCUCUGACAAUGAGAUCCAGGAAAUACCGCAGGAUAUCGGUGCCUGGCAGCUCCUGCAGGAACUGGACCUUUCGAAAAACGAUAUCAGCGACAUCCCCGAAGGACUCCGUCAUCUGCGCAAUCUCCAACUGCUAGAUCUGAGUCAGAACUGUCUCUAUCGAACGCCGGAUUUCCUCGUAGAUCUGAAGAAUUUAAACGCCCUAUACCUCAAUGAUGUAGCUCUGGCAGCUCUGCCCGUGGCUUUCGGUAUGUUGUCGUCAUUGACCAUCCUGGAGCUGAGGGACAACUCUUUGAAGAACCUACCAGACUCUUUCGGUCAGUUGAAACACCUAGAGAGACUCGAUCUCGGCAGCAACGAAAUUGAGGAGUUGUCGCCGGUGAUUGGGCGCUUGGAAUCUCUAGAAGAGCUCUGGCUGGAUUGCAACCCAUUGAGCCGUUUACCGGGGGAUAUCGGAAAACUCUCCCGUCUCAAAUGUCUCGAUGUGAGCGAAAGCCGUCUCGAAGCCCUGCCCAACGAGAUCUGUCAGCUCAGCUCGCUGUCGGAUCUCUUGCUCUCACAGAACCUCCUGACCAAGUUACCGAAAGACAUAGGAAAGCUCCGGACGCUGACAAUAUUGAAGGUAGACCAGAACCACAUUUCCCACAUACCGGAUUCGUUGGGCUAUUGCGAAAGCCUCCAGGAACUCAUCCUGACAGAUAACGAAUUGACCCAAGUUCCUCCGGAUAUCGGCAAUUUGACAAAGCUGACGAACCUGAAUAUCGACCGCAACCUUCUACAACGGCUUCCUCCCGACAUUGGAAAAUUAGAGAAAUUGACCAUGUUGUCUCUGCGGGAGAACCGUCUCAGUGAACUUCCGCUCGAGAUCGGAAACCUCUCGUCCCUGCACGUCAUGGACAUUUCUGGGAACCGUUUGAAGAACCUGCCCAUCUCAAUGGCCUCCCUCCGCCUCAAGGCUCUGUGGCUCGCCGAGAACCAAAGUCAACCUUUGCUUAAAUUCCAGCAAGACGUCGAUGAAGAAACUGGGGAAAAGGUGUUGACGUGUUUCUUGCUGCCGCAACAGGACUACAACGUAGACGAUGGCCCGUUAGAUCCCUCCGUUAUUACCAACAAUAAUCUCAAGAGUCCUACAGACGACCAGCCGCAGAGAGAGAGCCAAGUCAAGUUCUUCGACUCGAACCCGGAAUCGACUAAAACGACGCAGUUCGUUCGUCACGACCCCCAUCCCAAGGAGCUCCGGGCUCGUCACCAAAAGUACAUUAGUAAAGUCCGCGAGGGAAACACCGCUUCACUCGAGAGUAAUGAGGACGAUAUCCACCAUGACAACAAUAACAGCGACAAUGAAAGUUUCAAAGAUGCUCAAACUACUUUUGAUCACCAGCGACACGAGAAAGAUGAAUCAGAGAGCGAAUCCGCUGACGAAAGGCCUCAAAGGAGGCAUGUGGGCUUCACUGGAGAUGUAGAUUCGUCGCCCGAGGAGAACCCGGACAAGGACGCGUUGAAACUGCACAGGAGGGACACACCUCAUCAUUUGAAAAACAAGCGCGUCUCCCAGCAAAGUAAGGGACAGACGACACCUAAGGACGCCGAUCUCAAAGACAAGGUGGCUUCGAUCCUGGCGAGAGAGCAGGCCGCUCAACAAAACGAGUCCAGGGAUCGACACACACCCGAAUCUAAUCACCACACACCACUAAGCGGGGACGGUGGUUUUGCCUUCCAAAACGCUGCUUUCAACGAUUCCCUAGGAGCUGGAGUGGAAAUGCACGAGCUGAGGGUGCGAAGAAGUUCCCAAGGUCUCGGGCUGAGCAUCGCUGGUGGAAGGAACUCCACGCCUUUCCGAGGAGACGAUGAAGGCAUCUUCAUAUCAAAGGUCACCCCGGGCGGACCUGCGGAACUGGCUGGCUUGCGAGUUGGCGACAAAGUUCUUAUGGUCAAUGAGAAUUCACUCGUCGACGUGGACCACAAUGAAGCGGUGGACAUCCUGAAAAGAGCCGGUGCAGUGUUGAAUCUUCGGAUAGAACGCUCUCCCGGCUUGACGGAGUGGCGAUCUGAAACGACUUCGGUCAUGGAGGAGACUUUCGAAAGCGUGGUCAGUGUUACUUCCACUCAACAGACGAAGCAGAACGUCGCGUUGCUGAUGGAUCGUGGCGAGGACCGUCAUGAUAGAUCUGAGGACAGACACCAUCUCGAACGGCACACGAUGAGAGAAUACACGCGGUCGCCGCUUCUCAACCGCACGUUCUCAGAAUCGACGCCCGAAGCACCAGCGCAAGAGUGGAAGAGCGCCGAGCAACGCCUAAAUCUCACCCAAGAAAUCACAUCGCCGAAACCCACCGCUUACGAAAUUAAUGUGCAACAUCAGAAAACCGACAGACCCGGAGGCCAGGAAAGACCGGUCGCAGCACCCAGAACCCGUAGCGAGCCAUCGACGCCCGUUCUCGGCGUCGGACGGGACACGCCAACGAUGGAGAAGAGUGACAUCAUUUUCACUACGCUAAUCAGAGAUCGGAACAGUCUUGGUUUCGACGUCGAGGAACAACCGAUGCGAGGAUACAUCGUCUCCUCAAUCGUGAAAGGAGGUUCCGCGUGGCGGGACGGGAAACUGCGCGAGGGCGAUCGCAUCGUGUCCAUCAACGGUAUCGACGUGGAUGGACUCGAUCUGGAAGCGGUGCGACGUCGCUUGACAGGACUCGAUCGCUUUGUGAGAGUUGUCGUUGAACGCCUCGAGCCCGUCGAUCCAAACUCCUCGGUAAACACGUCUGGAGUGUACAGCGCUAGCUCUUACAUGGCGAAUCGUCCGUCCUAUAUGGGUUCGUACCGCAAAAGAGCACCCCUUUUGACACAAAGCUCUCUCGGGAACUCGUCAGUGCUUAACACAUCAUUCGGAGGGUCAAGCACGGCUUCCCUGCCCAAACUGCCGGGACUGAGAAAUUGGCAGACGGAAAGCUCGAUAUCCACCACCCCAGGAGCCCUCUCCCCAACGAAGGCGCUCGUAAUGAACAACGGGAAGCCUCCUAUAGCACCGAAGCCCAACAUCUCAGUAUCAGUUGGUCACAAAUCCAAGGAGCUCUCCACCGAAUUCCCAGCACCCCCUCGAACCCUUGGAAAAACUACGGAGGUUAUUACCCAUACGACUCUAACCGAAACAACGAUGACCCGAACGACCAAUAAUGUGCCCGCCGAGCUCGCCAUUGAGAAUGGAACUAGCGAAGACGUCACCCUGACGAAGGAAAACCCAACCCAGAGUCUGGGUCUGAGCAUAGUCGGAGGCUGCGACCAUUUCUGCCAUCCGUUCGGGACCGGUGAAGGCGGAGUGUACAUCUCGAAGAUAGUUCCAUCGUCAUUGGCGGCGCAGUGCGGUCGUUUGCGAGUUGGCGAUCGUCUUGAGAAAGUCAACGGAGUGUCUGUCGAUGACUUAUCUCACCAGGAAGUGGUGCAAUUGAUGGUGCAAUCAGGUCCAAAUCUCGUCCUCAACGUAUACCACGAGACCCUACCUAAGGGUUGGCAAGAGAUAACCCUUAAUCGGAAACCCGGUGAGAAACUCGGGAUGAACAUCAAAGGUGGGACGGGAGUCAGCGGGAGCUGCGGCAAUCCGUUUGAUCCUCAAGACGAAAGUGUCUUCGUGUCGAAAGUGUCCACCGAAGGCGCCGUUCACCGGGAUAAUCGCAUCAAAGUCGGAAUGCGCAUAGUCGAAGUCAAUGGACAAUCAUUGCUUGGUACUUCACAUGAAGAAGCCGUCUCAACCAUAAAGUCAGCCGGCAGCACCAUCACGUUUGUCGUAUGCGAUGGUUACAAUAAUUUCCCGGGUGCCGCUCUCCAAUGUCAGGAUAUCUCUAAUGAUGUGUUAGUGACCCCAUCCGGCGGCGAGCAGGUACAGCAUAAAGUCAUGGAGGUCCUCAAGGCAGCUGGUCGACUAGUCGAUACGAACGCUAGCGAAGACACAGACAAGCCGUUGGACAGAAGUACAGACAGUGUGCUGAGCUCGAAGACGACCACCGUUUUCAUGAGUAGGAAAAGUGUCGUGAAGCCCGACGAAGCUCCCCGAGACGCGGCAAACGAUGCCAGCCCUGAGGAACCCCAAGCCGAGCACGCGGAGCAUGUCCACCUUAGUAGUUCCUCAUCUGGGUCGGAGUCCGACUCGGAUGUCGACUCUUGUUCCGAGUCUUCCGAGAGCGAGGAAAGCGACGACGAGUCACAGGACAGCAUAAAUUCUCAGAUUAGGGCCCGGACUCCUAGCCAAAAUUCCACGCAGAUCUCUCAUCUUUCCCUCCGCUGCGUCUCGAGCGGACCCCAGACGAGAGUGGAACGCGAGCGAUUGGUGAGUGAAAACGUCUCGCGGCAUGAAACGCAGGAACUCGCACAAGACGGAACGAGUCCCACAUUUCGAACCGUGGAAAUCGUCGAACGGGUCCUCGAGAAAGAGAUUGAAACCACACAGGAGAAGGUGUUUUCUUUCCAAGUCGAUUCGAGUACAGACGGAGAGACGGAAUCCGCUCCCCCGAAAUUCAACAAAGAUAUCACGCUGGUGAAGCGAAGAAAGAGGAAGAGAUCUCGCAAGCAUCGUCGCCAGGUGUGA